UGAAGAAUAUUGUGCAGAAAUGAGUGCAGAAAUGACUGAUUAUUGAAAACAUAACAAAACAAAGAUAUUACAUCUGCACUCUUACAGAAAUGUAACCAGAAUGACGUAAUAGCAAAUUUGCAUAGAAAAUGCUGCAUACUUUCAAUACGGGUGUUUUUGUUUCAGUUGGCCACAAGAGGGCGCCGUGAUCUUUAAAAUCCGGCUCUUUAGGGAUCUGAGUCCUUGUCAACUUUAGCAAUUCAACUUGGGAGUAAUGUCUGGAGUUCUUCACGCAAAUGGAACCACUUUGGGAAGGUGCAUGUGCAUCAUCACAGGAGCUUCCAAAGGAUUCGGACGGGCACUUGCGAACCUUGUGGCAGACUACCUCAAGCCGGGUUCCGUGUUGCUGCUGGUGGCUCGCUCCACGCUUUUGCUCCAGCAGUUGAAGGAUGAACUGCUGCAAAACCUCAAGGACAUCCAGGAUGUGGCCAUUUACUGUACGGCAGCAGAUCUGGGCACAAAAGAUGGCGUGGAAAUCACCGUGGACAUGGCAAGACAGCAGAGUCUCAAAGAAAUAGACCACGUGCUUCUUAUCAAUAACGCCGCCUCAUUGGGUGACAUCUCCCCGUUUGAGAACUUCACUGACCUCGACCGGGUCAAUUCCUACCUGGCCUUCAACAUUAGCUCCGUGCUGGCGCUGACCGCGGGAGUGUUGCAGGCCUUUCCACCGCGAGCUGGACUGCGAUGGAGCGUGGUCAACUGCACCUCAACCUUUGCUGUGCAGCCGCUGCCCUCCUGGGUGCUCUACUGCACCGCCAAAGCAGCCAGGGAGAUGAUGUUCAGGGUGCUGGCAGCUGAGAAUCCCAACGUCAAAGUGCUCAGCUACUCGCCAGGGCCAAUGGACACAGAGAUGCAGGAGGAUAUUCGAAGAUUGACCGGCAUCCAGUGUCAUCUGCACCCAUGUCAUGAAUCUGCAACCAAGCUAAUGAGACUUCUUUUAGACAAUGAUUUUGCCACAGGGUCACAAAUUGACUUCUUUCAAUUGUAAUAACAACAGAAUAUAUCUUUGGCUUCAUUUUCCGGAUAUUUACGCGACAUAUACAUAAAAUGCUUUGGCUCAUGUCUGUAUAGCUAAACAUGAAACAUGGUGGGCCCUUGAGCAUGCUAACCAUUGCUAACAAUAAAAUAAGUUUUAUGCACAGC